GUCAGACAACGUGCUCGUCCCUCUAAUAGACAGAGGUGGAAGGAAACUGGGCAUGAGAGACAGACGUGAGGGGAGAAGAGGAGUACCAUGAAGGAGUGCCGUUGUCCAUUCUGACAACUCUGCCAUCUCACCAUCUGCUGAAAGAGAGGAAGACAGACAAAGGAGGGGACAAAAGAGGAGGUAGCCAAACUGAGGAGAGGAUAGAUGGAAAGGAGCUACCGGCAGUGACUUUAUGAAUUAAUCGAGCAGAAGAGCGGAUCAGAGGAGAAGCACGUUUCUUGGGGAGUGGACGAAGGGAAAGAGAUAGAAAGGGAAGAGGAAGGAGAGGACAAAUGAUGGCACCGUCUGUGGCUGUUUAAACAUUAAUGUGGCUCUCAUGUGAAUAUGAUGUCCAGCUUUAGAUGAAUGGCCAUGGAUAAUCUACUGCACACAUUAUAAGCCAAACCUGAAGCUUAUGUUUCGCUGUUCAUUGUAAAAGGAAGGACCACUGAGGCAAAUUAUAUCUCACUUCAUACAAUACACUUUUAAUGACUUUUCUUUCUUUGUGUAAAUAUAGACUUCCUUUGUGACUUCUGAUUUUCUAUUUCCUACGGGCAUAGGGUCUGCUCCGCAGGAUAUUAGGCAAUCGUCUUUGUUAGUUGCUGCACUGAAUAUUCAGGUCAUUUUUAUGCAAAUUUUCUUAACAUAAAUUGUUUAUUAAAUGUGAUGUAUUGGUUGUUUAUACGGUUAGUAGGAAAUGAUUUCUGUUGUUUAAACUGAUAUCAGUUCAACAUACCUGAGUUGGAGUCAGUGCAGGCAGCCAAUGGAGGAUGUCAACAUUGAUUGGGUUUUAUGACUGGUGGAGAGCCGGUCAAACUUUGGUGUUUUAUUAAUACCGGAACCAUAUUGAUCGUUUCAGGAGUCUGUAGUUUCUCCUGGGGUUGGAUUUAAAAGAAAAAAAAAAGCUCCAUUGUGGAGCCUUUGAUGCAGCAGUUAAUUGCUUACCAUAUGAUUUAGUGCAGCGCUUAUCUCUUUGAAGAUUUUUUGCUUCUGUCGGGACAUUUCAGCAUAUAUCUUUUGGAGGCAUCGCUCUCUUAAUGUCUGUUGCCAUAGCAAUAGGCAGCAGCUGGAGACAGAGCAAAAUGUAGAAAUCUGUUUCUUUGUCUAUUAAAACUGGUGCUGUUCAAUUAAGUAAGUGUAUGUGUUUCAUAGAUAAUCACAGUAGACUAAACUAGUUAAUUUGUGUGUUUUUUUUAGAGAUCCCUUGUAGGACAGAAUCUUUUAUUUUCCGUCUUUUUCUGUGGGGCGGUCUGUGAUUCAGGGUCUUUUCAGGUCACCUCUCUCCCACCAAAUCAUUGUCAUCAGUCAAGCCAAUGUGCUAUUAUAGGGCAUGACUGUAUAAAUUAGAUUAUCAUACUGUUUUCACUUGUACACAUCAAUUGGUGCAGCUGUUUGGCUCCAAGGCCAGUUAUAAGCAAUCAUUAUCUGUACUCUGACAGUCUGUCCCUCUUACUUUUUGUCUGUUGGUGACUCAGGAUUUCUCUUAAUGUGGAGGAUCAUCUCCUCUGCAGUCACCUGACCUACACUGUGUUUUGUCCACUGAAACAUCCCUGGGCCAGGGUUGACUCUGCUCACAGAGCAUUUCAUGCUCUAUGAUUGUUUAAACACUGGGUGUCUUUCAGGAUUUUUUCUUUUUUCCCAGCCAUACAUUACAGCUUUCUGGAGAUCAUCCCUGCCUGUCUGGCGGUACACGAGUUUCACUGGAUCCUUCAUGGUGCUUUUUCGCCAAGACCAGAUGGAUGACUAGCUAGAUGCUAGACAAUCCCUCUGUGGUGCUAGACUGGUGUAGGCGACUGUUCCUAUGCCAUUCAUCCGGCGCCCACUACAAUCUUGAGUUCUGUACUUAAGGCUCAGUUGACAUCUGAAAUGCUAGCGUAUGAAAAUAAACCUGCUGUUUCUCUUGGCAUUAUUGAAACAUUGGUACAAUCGUGUGUGAGUUGUCUAAGCGACUUAUAUGGUCUCCUUUGCCAGUGUAAAGGUCAACAGAUUGUAAAUAUGACUAGUGCCUCUACAGCACUAAAGUUUAGGCCAACUAGCUUGCUGCAAGACUGUAGGCGUACUUUUGCCUCCUACUGAAGACAAACGGUUGCUGACUGUUGCAAUUGGGAGAUUUUGUAAGAGACUGUUAAUGAGAACAGACUGUUUGCCGUUUGGGUUGGACUAUGCAGAAUAAGAGAUGUUUUAAGGUGUUGGUUCAGUCGAACUGAGAGUUAAUGCUUUGCUUGAUAAAAACAAGCCUUAGAUAGGGAGGGAAGCUAUCUUGGGAUGUGACACUCUGUUAAUAUCAUAUGUGUCGGUGUCAACUCUCUUUUCUCAGGUAAAUGACUCUAAUCUGGGCUUGUUAUUUGAACUGGAUGAGAAGAGUUGCGUGUAGAGAUAGCAGCACAACAACAAAGUGCAGGUUUAAUCAGGCUUUGUUCCGACUGGAUGAGUGAGUUCAACUCUGACGAGCAUCCUUUCAGGGAACCCUGGGUUGUGAGUUCAAACCUUACCAAUCAGGUCUCAUUACCAUCACAACAACCCCACCAGUGGUCCUCAUCAGCCAUUGACCUACAUUCUACAGUGUUGCAUCACCACCAUGGUACUGCUGUGUGUACUGCUGUACUAGACAUAGACAGCAUCUCAGAAUCAACCUACUGCUAUCUAAUGGUGCUCUAAACAUCUGAACCAGGUGGCUAAUCUUAGGGAACACACUUGAACAAAGGCAGACUCUUGUUUUAGCCAUAUCAGGAACCUCAGUCAGGAACGGGCUGAACUCUGCUAGCCCAGUCUUAAUUACCAACUUUUUCCUUUUCUGUUUUCUAUUGGUGUCUAAAAUGACCAUGUGUAGCCUCUAGCCAUCUAUAAACCUUAAGUUAAGGAGACAGAAAGACGGGGCUCACUGAUCAUAUUUUAGUGUGAGAGACUGUUAAACCCGACAGCCUGGAGAACGGGCGAGCAGUCGAGGGAGGGGGAGAGGGGGAGCGAGAGAUCAUCUGGAAGAGGAGAGAGGAAGUGGUAGCACAGGAGAGGGCGGAGGCGUUGGAGAAACAGAGGUUGGCAGAGUACAUUGUGUGGAGGAAGAGAGAGGACUUCCAGGAUAAGAAAGCAGACAGGGAGCAGGGUGCAAAGAGCACAGGGAAAGGAAACGAAGCAUCGUCAGAAGUCAUCUGGAAGAGGAGGGAAGACGAAGACGGAGACCCAGGAAGGGAGAGAGCAAGGGCCAUUCAGAGAAGACAUGAAACCAUUUGGAGGAAGAGGGAGAGAGAGUAAAAAGGGACCCAGCUUUGAAAAUACGAUGCUCAUGAAAAGUAGGUGUUAAAUAGACUGCUCCUUCUGCCAAGACUUUGAGACUAGUCAUACAUCAGUAAGCCUCCUCUCUCCUUUAGUAGCUCUGGGCUUCAUUCAGCUCUCCAGGUGCUCGCUGUAUUAUCGACCAUUUGAACUUGUGUAUUUUGUGUGCAUUGCUGCUGUGUUCAUGUGUGCAACCCCCUGCAAUCCCCUUGCUGGCUGCUAAAGAUCUUUACCCGCCGAUUUUAAGCAGGAUAAUACUGUCGAGGGGGAGUUGUUCCACAUGUGCAUUCGCCAAUAAUCAAAGAGACACUGUGGUUGAGAAAGUUUUAUAUCGUCUCGUGCAUGUAGACACAACACAUACAAGUGCACUCUCAGUAGGUGUAGUAGGACACCCCUGUGAGGGUCUAUUCAGGGAGACGGUCACUUACGGUGAUUCUCCAAGGUGCUGGAGGCGGUUGAAUAACACUCAGAAGCUUAAAGUUGGAUCCAAACACGGAUAUUGUUUUACGUCAUGGCAGAACACCAAGAUGAACACUGUGGAGAGUUAAGAACUUAUCAUCGUUACUCCUGGGGAACUCGAUGAAAACAACUUGAUGAAAGAACUGAGGACAACAUGAGCUUUACUGGUAUCCAAAAAUACUUUUGUCAUCUGUAUUUUUCCAUUAUCUGGGACACCCCACUUUUCCUCUGCACCUUCUUUCAUUCUGCUUUUAUUGUGGAUCAAGCUCUUUCUGAAGCGCUUCGGUUUUGGCUGCCUGGCAGUGAGCGGAGAACAGACACGCAGACAGAUGGAUGCAGUUCUCACCCCAAGAAAGAUGGACAGAUGGCUGACAUGAACCGACUCGGAGGUCCGUCCAGGAGGGCACGGGUAGAAGGAGGACAGCUGGGAGGAGAUGAAUGGACGCGGCAUGGCUCCUUUGUCAACAAACCCACCCGUGGCUGGCUACAUUGUGACAACCUGAUCAGCACCAAAGGUGUUUCCUACACUGUACGGUACAUGGGUUGUGUGGAGGUUCUACAGUCAAUGCGAGCGCUGGACUUCAACACCAGAACUCAGGUCACCAGGGAAGCCAUCUCUGUGGUGUGUGAGGCAGUACCCGGAGCUAAAGGAGCCCGCAGGAGAAAGCCUUCCUCUCGCUGUCUGACGUCCAUCCUGGGAAAGAGUAACUUGCAAUUUGCUGGCAUGACAAUCAGCCUCACCAUCUCAACCAGCAGCCUCAAUCUGCUGGCCUCUGACUGCAAACAGAUAAUCGCCAAUCAUCACAUGCAGUCCAUCUCCUUCGCCUCUGGAGGAGACCCAGAUACAGCAGAGUAUGUAGCAUAUGUGGCCAAAGAUCCAGUCAACCAGAGAGCUUGUCACAUCCUGGAAUGCUCGGAGGGUUUAGCCCAGGAAGUCAUCAGCACCAUUGGCCAGGCUUUUGAGCUGCGGUUUAAACAGUACCUGAAAAACCCCCCCAAACUGGUCACACCUCACGACAGAAUGGCUCCGUUUGACGGUUCUGCAUGGGAGGAGGAGGAUGAUGAAAGCGCUCCUACCGCCGACGUCCCUUACUAUAAUAAUUUCCCUGGAAAACAGCCUCCCCCUGGUGGACUUGUUGACAUGAGGACCCGCCCAGGAGCCACACUGCCCUAUGGACAGGCAGGUCAGAAUGACAUUCACAAGCAGCCCCUGCCUCCUCUACCAGUAGGUGCCAAAGAAGGACCCCGAGAGCUGUUUGAUGACCCGUCUUACGUAAAUGUGGAUAAACCUCGUCCUCUAGCUGCAGCAAAUGGAAACGCUCACAGGGAUGCUUUUGACAUGAAACCACUUGAUGAUGCCCUAGGAGUUGCAGGGCACGGCGCCCCAAGCGCAGCCACAGCAUCGCCCUCAAUGGUGCAGCAGCUGCAGAAUGAAAUCUGGUUCCACGGCAGCUUAAGUCGCAAGGAAGCAGAGAGGCUUUUGACCCGAGACGGAGACUUCUUGGUACGGGAGUCGGGGACCACACCCGGACAGUACGUCUUAACAGGACAGCAGGGGAGUCAACCCAAACACCUACUACUAGUCGACCCAGAAGGAGUGGUCCGCACAAAAGACCAUCGGUUUGGAAGUGUCAGUCACCUGAUCAGCUACCACAUGGACAACAGACUUCCCAUUGUGUCAGCUGGGAGCGAAGUGUAUCUGCAACAGCCCGUAGAGCGCAGGGCCUGAUGCUACACACACCAAUGAAAUACCAAUGAAAUACUGCACCAAAAAUAAACACACAAUCCAAUCGCAAAUCCACGCAAGACAGUCAUAUGGUAUAGUACACAUAAACAAACUACACACAAACACUCCUGCACACCAUUGUAUAUGAACAUGUGCAUAGCAGAGAAAGCCAAAUAAAGAUUAAAAAAAAAAAAAACACUCACAAAUUCACUCACUUGCUGCUGUCGCAACAUAUUCCUGCCAAACUGUGAGCUGCAGUCCCUCGUCAACCCAGAAACUCAUCAGGCGCAUCCCUCCAGCACACAGAAGCAAUGCUGCAAUGUCCCAGCCUACUGUGAACCAGAGGGGAAGUCUUUAAGAAUAUCACAACGGGGCAGUAAAUAAAAUGCAUUUUGUUUUUAAGAACAAAAAAAAAAGAUAUAUUGAGACGUGGUGAAGACAAAUAAUUUAGAAAAAAUAAAAGGAAACACUUAAUACUUGGAGUUGGCUAUCUAAAUGGUGGAACUGAAGAUCAACAGAAAUGGACACCGAAUGAGCUCUUCACUUCUUUUGAAAGCCCAUUUCUUAACUUGGGAGAGUGUUCAGUCCUCAGACUCUUGCUGGAGCAUUUUAAGCAAAAUGGAAACUGGAUUCCAAGAGUAGCUUGUUCCACGGACAGUACUAGGCUCAAACUCUCCCUUCAAGUGUCACUGGAGACCUUCAGCAGCAAGCCUGACUCACAGACAAUUUUAGAUAGCAUCAUGUCCUAUGAGGAGGUCCACCCCACCUCCAACAACUUUGCUUUUCAGGACUUUUGAACUUUGGAGGAAUGCUCGUAUGCAAAACUGGGAUUGCUAUGCUAAAGGGCAUCAUAUAUAUGUUUUUUUUCUGUUGUGGUCUAUUAUAUUGAGUCUAAUCACUCACUAUACAUUUGAGGACAAGAGAAUCAAGAUAGCUGUAUCUGUUACAUGCGUACGCUGCACCACCUUUCACGCCAAAGAUCGCGAACUUGGUUGCUAACUGCAGAGAUGGAAGCCAUGAGAAUUAUCAAAUGUAAUCUCUUAUGUUCACACUGGAGCGGUCCUGUGUCAAAGCAGAGAAAAAAUCAUGGUUAUGGUGCCUGAUUCCAGUAACAAUCAGAUUUAUACAGUACACUGAUGUCACUCACAAACAGGUAACUGUGGAGGAGCUUAGAUCACAUUCUUUUGACCUGUUGCUUUUUAUUAAAACCUUAUUAUGUGUUUGCAUUGACAAUCUAUGGGUUCUGUCUUUUGGAGUACAAGCAAAGAUGAGAAGUUUUUAAGUAUAACCUUUAAAAUGGUGACCAAUGGAAAAUGAUCACCAGUCUGUAAGCAAUGAAUAUCCCUCUGCAAGAGUAAUGCAAAGUGUGUCCUAGUAACCAACUAUCUGUUUUUGUUUUGUUUAUUGUGAGGGAAUGAUCUUUCAAAAGAAAAAAGAAAUUGUGCAAAAAAAAAAAAGAUAAAGAGAGUGGCUCUUUACUAUCAAAACAUUUUUAGAGCAUUAGUGGUGAUUAAAUGUUGCUUGUCCGUGUGCUGUUUCUCACAAAACAUAUGAGGAUCUUUGUGGAAAAGUUGACAUUUUCUUCUCUCCUCUGUCAGAACAUGUUUUUAUAUCUUUUUAAUUGUGCCUUGUUUCUCAAUGCAGUCACGUCAUUUUAAUGCAGUUACCGUAUGUACUUAAUUCAAACAAAGACUCAGUUUAACAAAGACUCUGCAAAAAUGACACUCCAACAAACACAAACAGCUCCAGUGAUGGCAGUCUCCUUUUGAUGCACAUUCUUGCAUUCAGCUUUUAGUCACAGAUACUUGAUGUCACCGUUAGGAAGUGGCUGUUUCCUUAUCACUUGUAAAUAGCAUUAUUAUUCUAUUUUAUUUUUUAUUACUGAUCAGCUCAGUAUUUGAUUGUUGUUUCUGUUGUAAAUUUUUAUUUACAUAUUUCAUGAGUAACAUGGAGCCAGACAGCACAGCAUUAAGGUAGCACAUUUUAAAAACAAUUUAAAAAUGUCUUAAGAACUCGAAGCCAAAACCUUGAAAUACGAGAAGGGAGUUUUUCUAGACUGAACCUUAAAUGUCAGCUGGUUGUCAGACCCCAAAGUGGGCGCGGGUAUAUUCAAACAUGGAUGUAGACGCAUACCAGAGCGACAGCUGGGUCAGUGACACACUCACACCCGGCCUGUUCAGAUCUUUGUGGGUCAGAAAUAGGAAAAUCAGAGAGAAGUUCUGCCAUUACUGUGCUUGCCUGUUGUGCUGGAACACUCGCUUGACCCUCUGUAUCAUGGUGAAAUGGUCCUGUGUUAUCUUUGUUCAUCACAGUUGCCUUUGUUGCAUGAAAAAUCCUUGCAAAUGACUUUGUGGUUUGUUGUUGGUGACAGUGAUGAUGCUGUUCUACUUUUUUGGUUUGUGUAUUUAAAAGCCAAAGGCUACUUUUGAAUAGUGUGCACAGAUAUUGAUUUUUACUUUAUAUUUUCCGUUUUAAUACUUUUUUGUUUUGUUUUGUUUUUAGGGAAACAUGUCUGUUUACACCUGUAUCAGAAAAUAUAGAUUCCAUAUAUAAAUACAUAUAUCAUUCAUCUCUC